AUGGAGACGAGCUACCUUUUCAUCAAUAUUUCACGCACUUAUAAUUGGCGUCGUGUGGUUGUACUUCGUAAGGACGAUCAUUUCUUCAAUAAACGCAUAUUUGAAGCAGAAGGAAUUGAUAUUAUAGAGGACAUAGAGAUCGAAGAACAUGAGCUGACCUACGCCUUGGCCUACAGCGUAAGAUCUCCCGAUUUAAUUUAUGUUUUUGAAAAAAAGUGA